AUGGAGUCAGCUACGCUUUCGCAGAUUGGACUUGCAGGCCUGGCAGUAAUGGGUCAGAACCUGGCCCUGAACAUCGCCGAGAAGGGCUUCCCCAUCUCCGUCUACAAUCGGACCACCUCUAAGGUAGACGAGACUGUGGAUCGAGCCCAACGCGAAGGUGGGCUCCCGCUGUUCGGCCAGUAUAGCCCGAAAGAAUUCGUUCUGUCCAUCAAAAAGCCCAGGUCCAUAAUCAUCCUAGUCAAAGCCGGAGCUCCGGUUGAUCAGACAAUUGGCGCUUUAUCGGCCCACAUGGACCCCGGCGAUACGAUUGUCGACGGAGGUAACGAGUGGUAUGAAAAUACUGAGCGACGUGUGUCGGAAGCCUCUGCAAAAGGGCUUCUGUAUUUAGGAAUGGGAGUUUCGGGUGGAGAAGAUGGGGCCCGGAAUGGGCCCUCUUUGAUGCCUGGAGGAUCACAUACGGCAUAUCUGAAUAUACAUCAUAUAUUGGACAAGGUGGCGGCGCAGGUGGAUGAUGGGCCUUGUGUUACUUAUAUAGGUGAAGGGGGGUCGGGGAAUUUCGUGAAAAUGGUGCAUAAUGGGAUUGAGUAUGGUGAUAUGCAGCUGAUUUCCGAGGCGUAUGAUGUUUUGAAGAAUGUUGGGGGGUUGAGAAAUGAUGAACUGGCGGAGAUUUUUACUGAGUGGAAUCGUGGGGAGUUGGAGAGUUUCUUGAUUGAGAUUACUUCAGAUAUUUUCCGGGUUGAGGAUGAAGAGACUGGAAAUGGCCAUUUGGUGGAUAAGAUUUUGGAUAAAACUGGGAUGAAAGGUACUGGGAAAUGGACUGUUCAGCAGGCCGCUGAGCUGUCCAUUGCAGCACCCACUAUUGCGGCUUCGCUAGAUUCUAGGUACAUGAGUGGUUUGAAGGAGGAAAGGGAGGACGCGUCCAAAAUUUUUGAGAAGGAAGGGUUGAAGGAGGACAUUAACAAUGUGGGCUUGGUGGAUAAGAAGAGGCUGAUUGAUGAUGUUAGGCAAGCACUUUAUGCUUCCAAGAUCUGUAGUUAUGCACAAGGAAUGAAUUUGUUGAGGGCGAAGAGUUUUGAGAAGGGGUGGAAUUUGAAUUUGGGGGAGCUUGCGAGAAUUUGGAAGGGCGGGUGCAUUAUAAGAGCUGUGUUCUUGGAUAGGAUCAAGCAAGCGUACCAGAGGAAUCCACAGCUUGCGAAUUUGUUGGUGGAUCCAGAGUUUGCUAGGGAGAUGGUGCAGAGACAAGAAGCGUGGAGGAGAGUCGUGGGGUUGGCAAUUCAGAAGGGUAUCAGUGUCCCGGGGAUGUCUGCUAGCUUGCAGUAUUUCGAUACUUACAGGCGUGGGAGGCUUCCUGCAAACCUUGUGCAAGCUCAGAGGGACUACUUCGGUGCGCAUACCUAUGAAAGGAUUGAUCGUCCAGGAGCAUACCACACCGAGUGGUCAAAGCUUGCUCGAAAGACCAGAGCGUAA